AUGGGAGCAGGCUGCUGUAAAGAAGAGGCUAUUGACUUUACCUCUGAGAUCGGCAAGGGAGCUUUUGGAAAAGUCCGCGUCGUCCAGCACAAAAAAACCAAAGAAAUCUACGCCCUUAAAUACAUCAACAAGGCCAAAUGUAUCCGCAUGCGGGCCGUCGAGAACAUCAUCCAGGAACGCCGACUCCUCGAAGAGGUCGAGUUUUCGUUGAUUUGUAAUCUGCGGUAUGCGUUUCAAGACGAUGAGAAUCUGUUUAUGGUGCUGGAUUUGAUGUUGGGUGGUGAUUUAAGAUUUCAUCUGGAGCGUGCGGGGCCGAUGAAGGAGGAGGUUGUGAGGUUUUAUGUGGCAGAGUUGGCUCUUGCUUUGGACGCUCUGCAUUCUCGGAGGAUUAUUCACAGGGACCUAAAACCGGAUAAUGUGCUGCUGGAUGAGCACGGCCACGCUCACUUGACAGAUUUCAACAUCGCGGUGUACUACAACCCCUCAAAGCCGCUGGUCUCAAUAGCAGGGAGCAUGGCAUACAUGGCGCCAGAAGUGCUUAUGAGGAAAGGAUACUUUGAAUCGGUUGAUUGGUGGAGUCUAGGCGUCGUUAUGUUUGAGCUCCUCUUUGGGCGGUUAUGCGAGAGAGAUAUUAGCAAACGCUUGGGAUGUACGCCGGAGGGACUGGACGCGUUUAAGCAACAUCCUUGGUUCCAGGGGAUUGAAUGGGACAAGUUGGUCACCAAGGAAGCGAUUCCUCCUUUUGAGCCUGAUUCGAAAAAGGCAAACUUUGACGCGACGCACGAGUUGGAAGAGUUGCUGAUGGAGGAUAACCCGCUCAAGGCCAAGAAGCGCGCCCAGACAUCCCCCGAGGUCGAGCUCUCGAGUGAGAUGCAGUUGAUGGAGGACAAGUUUAUCAUUUACGAUUUCUCAAAAGUCAAGAGGUCGCAUUCACUUAGUCGACCCACUGGUGCUUCGGGGGGCGGGAACAAGAACUUGCCUCGGUCGGGGUCUGCUGGUCAUGGGCAUGUACACGGGCAACAUCAUGAGAGCAAGAUGAGCAUGAGUAGUGCGACGUUGGAUGGGGUUCUGACUACGAGGAACAGUUCUGGACGGAUUGAACAUUUGCCGUCGAUGGCAGGCGCUAAUGCGACAGGCCCCGGGGCAGCAGCGGCUGCGCAAGGGCCCACGAAGAUGUAUCGGUCUGACAGUCCGAGUGAUUUGGUGGGGCGGGAGAGGUUUAAUCCAGAUGAGGAUCAGCUCAUCACUACGAUCUUGACGGUGACUACGUCAGCGUCCGGUGAACAGAAUGUCGAUCCAGCUCCUCCUUCGACCUCUCAGAGUCUUCAGCCGUUGUCAAAGACGCCUUCGAGAGAAACCCAGGAUACUGUUGUCCAGCCAGAGGAGGAGAGUGAGUUUUUGCAGGAGGAGCAAAGAGGAGUUGAAGAGCCUGUUGCGGCAAAGUCAGUCAAGCCUACAUCGGCCGACUCGCGAACCCUAGGGGCCUCACAACAACAACAGCAGCAGCAAGAGCAACAACCCGCAACAUCAGCAAAUGUCCCUUACGCAGCCUCAACAACCCCAUCUUCACCCUCCAACUCCUUGGGUUCAUCCACUCUCUCAACUCCCUCCACAACCUACAACAGCUCCCCAGCGCCCUCUCACCCACAUAAGCAUGGUGCCGCAGGAACCGUCUUGUUCACGUCACCCGAUUCUGGAACCUCCCUGUCGACGAUGGGGGGGCCUUUCGGGAGUAGUGCGACGCCUUUGAUGGACUCGGUGACGAUUUCAAACACCCCUGUGACGCCGAGAUCUAGAGCAUUGAGAGGACGGGAGCCUUCGCAGGGUAAUACUGGAAGUGGGGUGCUACCCAAGGGCGGGCGGGCCUUUGAACUGAGCUCACAGGCGCAAAAUGAACGCCAUCAUCAUCUUCAAGGACAGCAGCAAGUACAGGCGCCCAACCAACAACAACGACAGCAGCAACACCACCUGACACAUCAAAAAACCGCCAGCCAGAUCUCAUCCGUCCACGGACGGCCCAUGAGCGCCUACACAACUAGCACCAGUAACGUCGGGUCCUUCCACGAGGCCAUGAUGGAAUUCCAAGAGACCCGAUCGAUGACCUUGGCCUAUCAGCCUCACCCCUUCCGGGCGUCCAUCUCGGGUGGGCUUGAAGGUUUGUCGGGCGGGUUAAGAAGGGGUUCCUUGGACGGAAUGAGUUCUGGUGGGAACAAUAAUAGUUUGCCGCCUCCUUUGCCGUCCAACACUGAGUCCAAGGUGAUGGCGCCGAAUGGAGGGAGCCAUGUUGCGGUGGCGACUGCAGAGUCGGCUUUGUCGGAGGAAGGUAUCAAGACUAGUAGUGGUGGACCUGGUAUGGCGACCAUCUCUUUGUAA